UGCGCAAAACGAAACGAUCGAAAGGUGAUCUUCUAAUUGAUUAGGGACGGAAAGUCGAGCGAUUAUUUCAGUCCGGAACCGUGAACGAGACGCACGCAUUUUUGUUGCGUUUUAAUCCACGAAAUUUUGAUUCUCUCCUGUUCUUGGCUUAAUUUUCAAAUACAAAAUGUCAGAGGAAGAGUAUGAUAAGGAACAACUCAGAAUUUUGCGUAAUGCCUUCAAAGCCUUCGAUCAUGACGAAAAGGGCGUUAUUGACUACGCUGAUGUGCAGACAAUAUUAGAAAUACUUGGACAAAAAUUAGACGAUAAAGCCACAAAAACUUUGAUCAAAGAAGUCGACAAGGCCAACAGUGGGAGAUUAAAUUUCAAUCAAUUUUGUCGUCUAGCAGCGCGGUUUGUUGAAGUGGAAGAAGAUCAAGGCGCCUUAGCUAGUGAACUUAAAGAAGCGUUCCGUGUUUAUGAUAAAGAGGGUAAAGGUUAUCUGACGGUUCAGACGCUACGUGAUAUUCUUCACGAACUCGAUGAUAAAUUGAGUAAAAAUGACUUGGAUAUGAUCAUUGAAGAAAUUGAUGCUGAUGGCUCUGGUACUGUUGAUUUUGAUGAAUUCAUGCAAGUGAUGACAGAUAACUUCGAAAAAUAGGUCUUAUAAAAUACUUAGUAUAAGUAUAUUCUGAAUAUAUGUUAAGGUUAUGUCAUAUCAUGGACGUGGAAAAGAUUAGCAACUAACCCGUAAGCGAAAAGCAUUGAGGAAAGUGUAAAAGACAUUGAGACAUCAUCGAAACUAUUGGUAUACAAUAUACAAUAUACAUAUAAGAAUUUAUAAUUAUAUAUUAUU